GAGCGAGCGAGAGACUUAGAGAGAGAGAGGGAGGAAGAGAGUAAAGUGAGAGCAAGUGGACAGCGAACGGCCGCAGCUAUGGAUGAUCACGUUGCUGAACGUCACAGGGCCAGAUACAAGAGAUCAGAGUCGGUGUACGACGCCGUCAGAGCCACGGACCGGGAGGAGAAACAUGAGAAGAGUCUGUGGGAGUCCCUGGACAAAUACUACUGGGAAGUGAGAUUCACCCUCCUGGAUCACCAGAGCCCAACCACGGGCCUCUUUCCUGCCAAAUCUCAAAGCGUGAGCAACGCCGCCAAGGUCCGCGACAGCCUCUACUGCGCCGCUGCCGUCUGGGCCCUGAGCCUGGCCUACAGACGCAGCGAUGAUGACAAGGGGAGGAUUCACGAGCUGGAGCACAGUGCCGUCAAGUGUCUCCGUGGCAUUCUCUACUGCUACAUGCGCCAGUCGCUCAAGCUGGAGCGGUACAAGCAGGACCCCUCUCCCAGCACAUGCCUGCACUCCGUGUUCCACGUGCACACGGGGGACGAGCUGCUGGACAACAGCCUCUACGGGCACCUGCAGAUCGAUGCCCUGUCACUCUUCCUCCUCUACCUCGUUGAGAUGACGUCCUCGGGCCUGCAAAUCAUCUACAACACCGAUGAGGUGACGUUUGUGCAGAACCUGGUGUACUGCGUGGAGCGUGCGUACCGCGUGCCCGACUUCGGAAUGUGGGAACGCGGCAACAAAUACAACAACGGCAGCACGGAGCUGCAUGCCAGUUCUGUGGGCCUUGCCAAGGCCGCGCUGGAAGCCAUCAACGGAUUCAACCUGUUUGGGCCUCAGGGCUGCUCCUGGUCAGUCAUCUUCGUGGACACGGACGCUCACAACCGCAACCGACAGACGCUGCACUCCCUGCUGCCCCGCGAGUCUCGCUCUCACAACACCGACGCGGCCCUGCUGCCGGUGCUUGGCUACCCGGCAUUCGCCGUCGAUGACGAUGCCCUGCGGCACCAGGCACUGGACAAGGUGGUGCGCAAGCUGAGAGGCCGCUACGGCUUCCGCAGGUUCCUGCGCGACGGAUAUCGCACGGCGCUCGAGGAGGAGCACCGGCGGCACUACCGGCCCGCCGAGAUCAAGCUGUUUGACGGAAUCGAGUGUGAAUUCCCCAUGUUCUACCUCUUCAUGGUCAUCGACGGUGUUUUCAAUGAAAAUCAAAACCAGACGCAGGAGUACCUGGCUCUUUUGGAAAAGGUUAUACUGAAAACGUCUCAAGGCCACACGAUAAUACCACGGUAUUAUCACGUCCCCGGGGAGUUUGUGGAGGGCGAGAAGAAGGAGCCGGGCAGCCAGCGCAGAUACCCGAGCGAGACGGGGCACGACGGACGCCUCUACCUGUGGGGCCAAGCACUCUACGUCAUCGCCAAGCUGCUCGUGGACGGGCUGAUCACCCCCCAGGAGCUGGACCCCGUGCGUCGCUACGUGCCCAUGGGAGACAGACGCAACGUCAGCCUCCGCUACUCCAACCAGGGGCCCCUGGGCACCAACGUCGCCGUCAACGUCACGAUCGUCGCCGAGAGCCAACACCUGCAGGCGUUCCUGAACACCUACGGAAUCCAGUCCCAGACUCCCCUGCAGAUGGAGCCCAUCCAGGUGUGGCCGCAGUCGGAGCUCGUAAAGGCGUACUCUUACCUGGGUCUCAACCCAAAGCUCGGCCUCUCGGGCCGGCCGGCACGUCCCAUCGGGUGCCUGGGCACCGCCAAGACGUAUCGUAUUCUGGGCCGCACCGUGGUUUGCCUGCCCGUCAUCUUUGACCUGAGUGACUUCUACAUGUGCCAAGACGUCCUUCUGCUCAAGGACAACAUCGUGAACUGUCUCCAGUUUGUGUCUCAGUGCUGGAAGAUGAGCAAACGGCCACUGUGCCUCCUCCUAAUCCGCGAGGACAACCUCAAGGGCAGCCGCUUUGAGCCGAUGAUGGACAUGCUGGCGGAUUUCAAGCGGGGUAGUGUCGGAGGGGUCAAAGUUCGCGUCGACAGAAUUCAGGCGCUGAUUUCUGGAACGCUGGUUCAGCAGUUGGAUUUCCUGAGAGUCAGCGAUGGAGAGGAGCUGCCGACGUUCAGCUUCCUGGAGGAGAUGCCGGUGAAGGAGUCGGCGGGUCUGCGACGGCGGCUGAGCGCGCCGUGCCUGGACGACUCCAACCUGGAGGGCGAGGUGGUGGAGGAGGAGUGGGGGCACCGGUCCAGCGCCGACGUGCUUCACCGUCUCAGCGAAUGCCACGCACUCCACAACCAAACGGUGCUGCUGGGAAUUCUGCUGAAGCGGGAAGGCGGUCACUUCAUCACAAACGCAGGCACCGUCACGGAUCAGCUGGAGCGUGUGCACAGUGUGGCCGGCACCAACAAGCGCUGGUCCAUAGUGCGCUACGCAGCAAGCUUGUUAGGAAAAGUCGUUGACAGCCUCGCCCCGUCCAUCACAAACAUCGUCGUCGGAGGCAAACAGCUCACACUCGGCGUGUUCGGCCACGAGGAGGUGGCCAUCUCGAACCCGGUGUCGCCGGCGGCCGCCAAGCAACUGGUGUACGGCACGUGUGCGGCACGUGACCCCCGCGCCUCGGCCCUGCAGCAGGAGCUCGUCAUCCACGUGGGGUGGGCGAUGGCCAACUCCCCCGAACUCUUCGGGGGGAUGCUGCGCCUGCGCAUCGGGUGGAUGAUCCAUGCCAUGAACUACCUGCUGGAGCUGCAGGCCAAGGGCGACAAGAGCGUGGACAUCGGGGUGAACGUAGGAGCCGAGGCACUCCACGGGGGGCGCCACAAGGAGCAGCAUGGCAGGGGGCUCAUGGUACCCACCAUGGAUCACGGGGGGCACGGGGGGCUCAUGGUGCCUGGAGGCCACGGGGGUCACGGGGGUCAUGGGGGUCACGGCGACCACGAACCCUACGUGCUCAGCGACCUCUCCCCGAGCGACGUGAAGUCGCUGCUGCUGCAGCUGCUGCAGCUCAAGCAUCAAGGCAGCUCUGGGUGGCUGCACCGCCGCUACCUCGACGGCUCCCUCAACCGCACACCGCCGGGGUUCUACGACCGCGUGUGGCAGAUCCUGGAGCGGACGCCGCACGGGAUUGUGGUGGCCGGAACGCUCCUCCCGCAGCAACCCACCCUCUCGGACAUGACCAUGUACGAGAUGAACUUCUCUCUGCUCGUGGAGGAAAUUCUGCAGGGAAUUGACCACCCCGCCUAUCGGCAGCUGGUGGUGGAGCUGUUGAUGGUGGUGUCUAUAGUGCUGGAAAGAAACCCGGAGGUGGAGUUUCAGGAGAAGGUGGACCUGGAUUUGCUGCUGAAGAAGGCAGUGAACGACUUCGAGCACGAGCGCACGAAAGUGGGACACGUGCACGAGGAUGCCUUAACAGCGUUCUACCAAACGCCACCGGUGGGGAAGUGUGGAACGGCGGUCUACCUUGCACGAGCCGUGGUCAAAAUGCUCCUGUUCGGAGCAAUCAAGCCUGUGUCUGACGACCCAUGCAUCAUCAGCUAAUGAGGCAGUGCUGUGUCCCAUCGGCCCCACCUUGUAGGGGUGGAGGCGAUCGGUUUUGGAACAGUGGCGAGGUGAUGUCUUAUGAGCAAAGCUACCGAACUUCUGGGAGACUCAACCAAUGCAAAUGUUGACCUGGUGGGGCCCCUCCCUCUGUCAUUCACUAGCCCCGCCUAUUGCACGUAGCCCUCGCCCACUCCUCUGCCAACCAUGCCCACUGCUCAGGUAGCCCCACUAUUUUUCCCUCUUAUCAUGAGUCGAUUUUGAGGCUAUAGAAUGUUAGACCGGGAAUGAAAUCCCAAUUUUUUGCACAUGCUUCGGGGGGGGGACCAGCAUGACAAACUUUGUGAAAUGGGGGCUCUCUCGGCCGCCCCAGGAUGCCAUUGGUAGCUUUGCGUAUAAGUGUAGGUGGUGUUGGAGGCUGUAGGUGUGUGUUUGUGCAGUUGCAGGUUUUUAUCGAGGUGAAGAGCGAAAACCGUGAAGUUAAAAUAAUUUAGUUUUUAGCCCAGUUCUGCUGUUAUUAGGGUAGUGGAAGAUUUUCCUUCCAGAAUGCCUACAGUCAGCAGGGCCUCAGUGUCAUCCCUUCAUGGAAUGGGCUCCUUGACGAUAACAUCACAGCACAUGAAACCCCAUCUCGCUAAAAAUGUUUUCUGCACAUAUAUUCGGCAAACUUCCAGCUCAAGUAAUUAUAAAUUUCGGUUUGGCUGUCAUGCAACAAGCGUAACUCGCAGUGAUGGAGCCGCUGUGAACCAGAGGUCUCUUGAAGUGUUCUCAGAGGUACCUUUGUAAUAUCCGGCUCCACGGGAGACCUUUGCGAGAGUUAUAAAUCGAUACUUAGCCAUCCCUGCUUCCAUCUCAACUCUUUCAUGAAUAUGGCACGGUCCAAAUAAUUGCAUUGAUUCAUUGAUGACAUGACACCUGUAGCAACAUGUUGGUAAACUUAAUCUCGACUUACAGUUAGGACAACACAUUGGGAUGCGCCGCCACCCUUUUAUGUAACAAGAGAGACGUUAAACCGCAGUGAGGGGAUCGUAGUCAUCGACCGUUUGAUAUUUCCCGACUCUCCCUGCAGGGCCAAGUUAGUUACAGAGCUCAUCAAUGGGGACAGGGGUGGGGCAGUAAUGUGCACAGCUUAAUUUCCAAUCAUAAAAUCAGGGAAGUUUGAACGUGGAGGAUCUUAAAACAGAAAUACGGCCAGAUCAUGACGUGGCUGUACGUAAAACUGAAUAAUCAAUCAUAUCGGUGGUGAAAUCCCACUGCGUGUUAAGUAGCACUUAAGAGUUUAUUGUUUGGCAUUUGCAUAGCAUUGACAAGCUGCUAUGAUGAGAAGCUGUCGAGUGUUUUAGUUGUCUGUGAGGCCUGUAUCGUGCAUGUAAACAAAUCACAGUUUUCAAAAGCCCUGCAGAUUUGUGCAAUAGUUAAUUAUUUUUUUGAAAUACAUUAGAGUUGUAUUUUUGUUUUGUUUUAUUUAAUCGCCAUCAAUAUAGAGCGAUCGGAAAGGUUGUGAGUUCAAAUCCUGGCUGGGGGGUUGACUCAGCCCAUCAUCCCUCCAGAGCAGAUAAAAUUAGUACCACUUUGUGGGGGAUCCAAACGCGGUUACUCGCUCCCCGUCACAGGAAUGUGGAGUUGGAAUUGUCGCCACUGGCUUAGGGCUGCAAAUGGGAGUUGAACACUGCUGCUUCAAUGCUAACUUGAGUAAAACAUCACUGAAACGUAUCUGACAAAUUCUCCUCUCGGAAAUCCUCACAGAGUCUCGGGGGGGAGGGGCUCCUGGAGAGGUGACUCUUGACCAGUUUCCAUUUUGAGUUUUUUUUUCGCAUGCACGAGGAAACGAGAGUGUCGGGAGAAGCCUAUACACACGAGGUGAUAACGCCCAUCAUGCCGUCUAAUUGCUCCACCGCCCCUUUAAAUGAACGCACAUUAUAUGCAUGCAAUCCACCAACCCCACUGUCACGUCACCGUUUCUCAUGCUCCUCUGCUGCCUUCGUCGUCUAGAACGCCCUCCUCCCAGUUACGGGAGCUGGUAAAAGGUAGGAAGCGAUGGCGAGGUAGCCUCAGCAUCAUUCGUCUUGAUAACCUCUUGACCUCAACAUUCAUCGCUACAGAAGUACAGUAAUUGCUCAUGCCACUGCUCGGAUGAGGGCCUUCCACUGGAGUGAAAUCUUCAAGGGUAUUUGGUCUACUCUUCCACGUUGACCAGACAUGUUGGGAGGAGGUGAGAGCACCCACACUUUACCGCUUAAAACACGCCCUGCCGGGCGACUGUGGCCUGCCCGUGUGUCCUCCUUGGUGAGAUGUGGCAGGGGAAUUAGGAAACCUUCCCCCACUCUUAAGUUGCUUUGAUAAGUUUGUUGAGCCAGCUGGCCAUGAUGGGGCAGAACUUAGCCCACCACUUUCACCCAGACAACGGGAGAGCAGCACGAACUAAGUGUUUCUAACCUAACAUUAGAACUAACAACAUAUUCAAGAAUCACAGUUAAGAGACAAACAACUUAUAUACUAUAUUCUUGGUUCUUUCGGUAAAGUCACGUAGAAGGGAAAACAAUAAAAUAAUACAAAUCUAAAACAAUACAAUUCUCACGACGUUUUGACUGCAACACAAGCAAUCAUCAUCAGGUGUGAAAAACACAGCAAAAAAAAUGUCUUGCUGUGUUUUUCACACCUGAUGAUGAUUGCUUCUGUUGCAGUCGAAACGUCGUAAGAAUUUGAUUGUUUUAUAUUUUUAUUAUUUUAUUGUUUUCCCUUCUACGUGAUUUUACCGAAAGAACCAAGAAUAUGAAUCCCUGCAGUCACGAAAGCUUUAAAUCAAAACAUAUAUACUACUAAAAAUAUUUAAAAUUAAACAAAUUUAAAAUCGCAUCGAUCGUUUCAACUGGCGCACCAGGAGAUGGAAUCGAACCUCCAAACUCUUCAUGUCAGGUGUGGAGGGCUCACCAUUACACCGCGGCAGCUCUAAAUGCAGUAAUGUUUGCACAAUGUUACAUUUCAGUUACAACAAAGUUAUAUGCACUGAUUUUUCAAAGCAUUUAUUUUUAAAAAUGUGUUCAGUUGAACUUGCAUACAUUGUUUAAUGUUUUGUAUGGGGAAAGCAUUGAGAUGAUCGUAAUAGUGACACGUUCUUUAAGUGUCACUGUUUAGUAAUUUCAACCUCUGAGUGCCUGAGAACCCAGGUGCCUUGUUCUGACCCAGCAAAUAUGCGUGGUUAUUUAAUUGUGUCUUUGCUUACUGAAAAAUAAAUGUCAGGCUACUGGAAUGUU